UUGCUCUUACGCCAUCCAUUCCCUCAGUUCCCCUGGUAAAGGAAAAAAGGGUCGCCAUUAAAGCCUGUGGAGAGCUUAGUGUGUAAGCAAGAUUGCAAACAAGUAACUUGAAAAGAACAGAAAAAAGGAUUAAAGCAGAGAAAAACCUAGAAGAGCAGGAACAAGGGAAGAGGAUGACAAGCAAUUUGAAUCCUCAAGUUGACGAUCAAAUGCUGCUCAUCUCUCAACUCUAUCCUAGCUUAUAUGCUCAAGUGGUUCCAGUAGUAGAAGGAGAAACAAGACCACGUCGAAGGCGAAAGAAGAACAAAGGAGAAUCCACCAACGUCGGAGCCAGGAAGAGGAAGUUGAGCGCCGAGCAAGUUAGCCUUCUGGAGAUGAAUUUUGGUAGUGAACAUAAGUUGGAGUCGGAGAGAAAAGACCGACUUGCUUCGGAGCUUGGAUUAGAUCCCAGGCAAGUUGCUGUGUGGUUUCAAAACAGAAGGGCUCGAUGGAAGAAUAAGAAGCUGGAGGAAGAAUACUCCAAGCUGAAGACAGCACACGAAAGUGUAGUCGUGGAGAAAUGCCGACUUGAAACAGAGGCAAUGAACUCGUUUGCAGAAGCUGCUUUUGUUUUUGUAGAGCUUCGGGGAGGAGCUUCUACUAAACCAAUCAGGGUGGUGCAAAUGUUCUUAGAAUUUAGUAUCUUAAUCGAUGAUGAUGAUGAUGAUCAUGCCUUUUCAUGGAAGAAUGCAAACUGAUUGGGCAAACGACGACAACUGAUAAACAUGUCCCCACAUAUCCAAUCCUUAUCAGUCCGUACAAAGUUGCUUAGUUAAGGUGGUAGGUAUUGGAAUCAGUAGCUGCAUGAUCGAUCUCUGGGCUGUGCAGGCAAAUCGACAGCAUGCAGCUGGAUCAAAGCUUAUCUGAGAAUGGUUUAUUUGUUAAAAUAGCUAUUAAAUGUGCACUAAUGCUGUAUAUUUUAGCACCUCUGUGGUACACAUGCACGUGGAUACAACCAUUGAUGGUCCCACCAUGAAGAUUCUCUCAAAUGUAAGGACUGAAUUUAGUCUGAUGAGAUAAUAAACAAGCAUUAAUACUGUAAGCUGUUAGCAAUGGUUGAUGCUGUUGCUGUUUGAGCCUCAGAAUCAGAUUUUUUGCUUUUUGAUUUCAUUUGUACUACUAAAUGCAUUAAGUGUUGGAUACUUGGAACUGUGGACCCACAGACAAUAAAUAAGAUUAAUUUAAAUUA